AGAAGAAGAAGAAGAAGAAGAAGAAGAAGAGGAGGAGGUGGUGGAGAAAAAGGAGGAGGAGGAGGAGGUGGAGGAUACGAGAGUAAUCGGAUUGUGACCUAAGCGGGGUGUAGACGACAUCGUGCGAUGUCGACAAGAUGACAGCGGCUCAACGAUGUUUGAAAGCUUAAUUUUUGAAAGCGAUAUUGCUAAAUUAUCCUUGAAAGAGCAACUAAUUGUAACGUGAGAUUUAUUUCCACAUCUAAAUUCAAGUGCAUCUUCAUUAUUAUUAUUAUUAUUAUUGUUGUUAUCUUCGUCAUCAUCGUCAUCAUCAUCAUCAUCAUCAUCAUCAUCAUCACCGUCGUUGUCGUUGUCGUAUCGAUAAGAUUUACGAUUCGUAAGGAAUUAAAGGGAAAUACGCGUGACUAUGAUUGCCGCGCCCGUGUGUGAGAUGUAUACAGCUUUCUGAAUAAGUGUUGUUAUUUUCCUUUUCUUUUUUUCUUGUUUUCUUCCUCCUUCUUCAACAACAACAACAACACAACGACGACGACGACGACAAGAAGCGGGAAAUUAAACGAUGAGCGUUUUCGGAGAUUUUCAGCGCGUCUGGGUACAGAGAUUCCCAGAUAGCGCAUUACCGGCUGCUUGGGAGGAAGAUGUUAGAGCUAAUUUGGUCAAACACAAGCAAAAGGUAACAGCGUUGAGAGAAGAAUUAGAAAAAGAAGAGUUCUAUGUAGAAUAUUUGGAACGAUUAUUAGCCGAUGUCGAAAGACACAAACAGUUGGCUAAUAGUACUAAUACUACGCUGCUUGACAAUAAGCAGAAUUCAGGAGAACUUCAAAGUGGAAAGCAUGUAUCUGAUAAUAUAGAAUCUGCUAAUAUCGGACAUUGUCAAAAUACGGAUCAUUCUCCACCACCUCUUCCAGUACGAGAAGACAUUAGCAAAUUUCAGGAUAAAUGUGUUUCCGAAUUGAGUUCUACACUUGGAACUAAUAAAAGACCUAAGAGCGAGAUACCUAGAAGUCCUGAAAAAGUGCCUGAAACCAGAAGGAAUAGUGAUCCUGAUGUGCCAAGUAAUUAUGUCACUGUAAUUGAAGUUACCGGAAGUUCGAAGAAAGAUAAAACUAAUAAUUCUUUUAAAGAAGAAGAUGAAAAAGAAUCUGAGAAAGCUAUUAACGAAGAUGGAGAAGAUGGAGAUGCUGAGGCAUCAGAAGAAGAACCUUACUAUGAUUCGGUAGCUUUGGAUCAAACUGGGGAAUAUGUUUAUAUUGAUGCUCGUGUUCCACCAGUAGGUAAUAAUAAUGCAACCAGAGCACCUCCUCGUAGACCACCAUCGCUUCCAGAAUCUCCAGGCAAUCAGAGUAACUAUGUCAACAUAGAUUAUUUUAUUCAACAUAGGGCAGCAAUGGAUAGUGAAGAUGAAGAAGGUGCCAGUCCUGCACCACCAAUUUUAUUACGUGCACUUAGUACUGACAAUGAAACUGGAAGUAGUGAUGCUGAACCAUUAAGUUUAAGUGAAGGAAGUUUGGAAUCACCAACACCGACUACGCCACGUAGACAAGAAAAAAGUAAAGAUAGAGAAGAUGAUAGAACAUCUAUGGUGAAAUGUAUUGUCAACUCUGUAGUUGAAAGUGAAGCAGUUUAUGUUGAGUGUUUAAAUGUUAUGUUACAAUACAUGAAAGCUAUCAGAGCUACAUUGACGACGUCUCAACCGGUUAUUUCGGAAGAAGAAUUUGGUACUAUGUUUUAUAAGAUUCCUGAAUUACAUAAACUACAUCAAAACUUCUUAGACGAACUUAGAAAAAAAACUGAAAAGUGGGAUUUUAAAACUACUAUAGGAGAACAAUUUAAGAUUAUGGCCAGCAAUAUAGGAUUGUAUGGUGCAUUUUUACAUAAUUAUGCUCGUGCUACCGAUACUGUUCGUAGAUGUUCUGCUCAUUCUACACAAUUCGGAGAAAUCACUAGAGACAUACGACUCAGAGGAUUUCCUAAAGGUCCAGGUUUAUCUCUCGAAGAUCUUCUACACAAACCUGUCGCUCGUGUUCAAAAAAAUGCAUUAGUUUUACACGAUCUACUUAAGCACACACCCAUGAAUCAUGCUGAUCAUGCACCGCUAUCAGAAGCACUUGCUAUGACUAGAAAUUUUCUUGAUGAAUUUAAUAUUAUUCAAACUAAGUCGAUGUUCCCGAGUCAUGACAGAGCACAAAGAAGAUUAGUCAAAAAUUCAUUCGUCGUUGAACUUUCAGAUGGUCAUAGAAAAUUGAGGCAUCUAUUUUUAUUUAAUGAUGUUAUUGCUUGUGCUAAAUAUAAAGCUUCCGGUAGAGACAAGUUUACGUUUGAAUUAAAGUGGUACGUGCCAGUGGCAGAAGCAGUUGUUACAGAAGAUGGUAUUGAACCACGAGAGACUAGUCCAGCUAAUGUAGUUGCUUUGAGAUCUCAAGCAUGUACAGUGAGAGAUCAAAUUUUGUGGGAAGAACGAAAUGACGAAAAAAGAAUUAGACUUGGUGGUAGAGGUUCGGAAAAAAAUCGUAAAAAAUUAGCAGAACUAGAAGCACAAUUGGUAUUAGCAUCACCGAAUUUAUUAAUGCGGGUAGCCCAUAAGAAUCAACAUCGAGUGCAAAACGCAUAUACUUUCUUUCUCUCCAGUGAAUUUGAACGAUCUCAAUGGAUUGAAGCUGUGGAAGCAUUGCAACAGGGCGGCCAACCACCAGGACCUCUACCUUUGACGAUGUAUGAAUUACAAGCUUGGGUUACAGCUUGUCGAACAUAUUUACAAACAGACAUGGGCAGUUAUUUAUUGAGAUCUGGACGUGAUGAAAGUUUAUUACUUGGAGACUUGCAUCUAACUUUGCUAGGCUUAACACCACCAGGAUUAGAUAGAAUAGGAGACUUGUAUAUUAUCGUAGAAGUGGAUAGUUAUGGACAUUACUUUAAACGAGCUAAAAGCCGAGUUAUUAGGAGUCAAGCUCCGACUUGGGGUGAGACAUUUGUGGUUGAAUUAGAAGGUAGUCAAAAUGUUAGGAUUUUACUUUAUGAAGAAUGUGGAACACGUUCAGUAUUAAGAGGCAAAUGUAUUCAACGAUUAAGUAGAUCAUGGUUGCAAUCCGAUCAAGUGGAAAGAUCCUUGAGUUUGGGUCCAGCUACAUUAGAUGUAGCUCUUAGAUUCGUUCCCAGCGAAGUAACAUUAAGGCGGGUACCAUCGGCUAAACCUCAAGGCUUAUUUGGUGCUCGAAUACAACAAGUUUGCAAACGAGAAAAACGUGAUGUACCAUUCAUAAUAACUGCCUGCGUAAGAGAAGUUGAAAGAAGAGGUGUCGGAGAAGUAGGAUUAUAUCGAGUAUCAGGAUCAGCAUCUGAUUUAACGAAACUUCGUAAAUCAUUUGAAAGUAAUUCUUACGAAGCUGAACAACUUCUCAAAGAGGUUGAUGUACAUUCGGUAACUGGCGUAUUGAAAUUGUAUCUACGUGAAAUGCCGGAAGCAUUAUUUACAGACGCCCUUUACCCAGCAUUUUUGGAAGCAUUCCAAACAGGAGAAUUAUCAAGAGGUGCAGCUUUGCGACGAGUAUACGAAGGAUUACCGUCCGUGAAUAAAGCAGUUAUCGAUUUUCUACUUGCCCAUUUAAUACGCGUCAACAAACACGAAGGACAGAACAAAAUGUCUUUGCACAAUUUGGCGACGGUAUUUGGGCCAACUCUACUACGACCAGGUACAAAUUCUCGAUCGGAUUCUAAAAGUCGAGACCCAUUAGCUGCAGGUACCGUAGAUGUUAUGGCACAGGCUGGUAUACUUUAUUGUUUUUUACAAAUGCAUAUGCAACAACUAAACAAUCAAUCACUCUAGUCGACAGUGUUGUUUAUUAAACAAACGGUGAAAAUACCAUAACGCUGCCUGA